CGACAUCCUCUACCCGGAAGUAGACCCUCGCUUUACUUCCGGUGAAGAAAACCUGGAGAGGAAAAAAAAAAACAUCAGCCGCGGGCGCGUAGCUGGAGUAGGAGGAGGCCCUGAGUAAAGUCUGCUGCUGUGGGGGGAAAUGGGCGGCAUUUGAUCGGGGGAAGACCAUCUACGGGAAAACGUGAGACGUGGCCCAGACAUGGAAGACGGCAGCGGCCUGAUCGAGUUCGACGUGCCAGAAUUCAGCAGCACAGUGCUCAGCCAGCUGAACGAACUGCGGCUCCAGGGGAAGCUCUGUGACAUCGUGGUGCACAUCCAGGGCCGGCCCUUCCGCGCCCACAAGGCCGUGCUGGCGGCCAGCUCGCCCUACUUCCGUGACCACUCCGCCCUCGGCACCAUGAGCGGCCUCUCGCUCUCUGUCAUCAAGAGUCCGGAGGUGUUCGAGCGCCUGCUCGCCUUCUGCUACACUGGCCGCAUGGCGCUGCCGCUCAAGGAUGUGGUCAGCUUCCUUACCGCCGCCAGCUUCCUCCAGAUGCAGGCCAUCAUCGACAAGUGCACGCAGAUCCUGGAAGGUAUCCACUCCAAGAUCAGCCUGCCCCCUGGUGGUAGUCCUGGGGGAGACAGCCCCCAGGGCAACCGAGAUGGCUUCAAAGACGGGGCUGCCUUCCUGAACCCCGUGCAGGUCUCCCCCCCCUAUUUCCCACGGCAGGCGGCAGCUCUCCCCGGCGCUGCCGAGGCCCGGCCUGAUCCAGGAGGUAAGGGCCCGGCCCGGCCACGCGCACCAGAGGAGGGCCAGUCAGACCGUGGCAGCAGCAGCGACGGGGCCCCGGAGCAGGAGGCAGAGCUGGAGCAGGUGGAGCUGAUCGGCCGGGACGGGCAGGUGACAGACGUGCGCGUCAAGAUGGAGAAGGCGGAGCGGCCUAGCUGCUCGGACAGCUCGUCGGCCGGCGACGACGGGUACCACACGGAGCUAGUGGAUGGCGAGCAGGUGCUGGCAGUCAGCGUGGGCUCCUACGGCCCCAUGUUACAGCCAGCUGGCUACACCUACCCGCCGCUGUCUGCCUCCGCCUUUGUCAGCCUCAGCAGCGCCAGCCCCUCGCGUUCCAUACUCAGCGGCUUUCGUGGUGGCCGUGCCCGCCCCAAGCGGCCUGCCGGCACCUCCCCCGAGGCUCCAGGCCGCCCCAAGCCUUUCAGGGAAGACGGGGAAGCUGUCAGUGCAGCAGCGGUGGUAGCGGCGGCCGCCAGCCCUGCGGCAAGUUUCGAGGGUGACGUACGGGAGCGCAGCCUGCGCGGCCAGUGGUACCCAUACAGCGAGCGGCUGGUCUGCAUCUACUGCGGCAAGUCCUUCAACCAGAAGGGUAGCCUGGACCGGCACAUGCGGCUGCACAUGGGCAUCACGCCGUUCGUCUGCAAGUUCUGCGGCAAGAAAUACACGCGCAAGGACCAGCUGGAGUACCACAUUCGCGGGCACACUGACAACAAGCCCUUCCACUGUCAGAUCUGCGGCAAGUGCUUCCCCUUCCAGGGCACCCUCAACCAGCACCUGCGCAAGAAGCACAUGGGCGCCGUGGAUGGCGGCAACCACACCGACUCCCCCGAGAGGACGGAGGCCGCCGGUGACGCCGCCCCGCCAGGCGAAGAGCCAGCUGGGAACGGCGAGGAGAGCGCCAGGGGCAGCCCGGAGGAGUCUCCGCAUGGCUCCCGCUGUGAUUUUUAGGUCUUGUUUGCGUUUCCUUCGUCGUUUCUCGUCGGAGCGUCAUGGGGGGUGGGAGGUGGAAAAGAAAAUGAAUAAUUUUAACUGUCAGCGGUUUUAGCUCGGAAUCCACCCUCCUGCCCCGUUAUCUGAUGCGUGGCUCGCAUCCUCCGUCAGGGUUUUCUAUGUCUCGUCAGUCGUUAAAGGGAGUCGAUGGACAAAAAGUGGAAAUAAAAGGUGCUUUUAAAGGAUUCUCUCAAAGGGAAGGUGGAAGUUAAGUAUUAAUAAUUAACGUGGGGGUGGGCUGAAUAAUCAAGGUCCCCCCCUUUCAGUUUGGUGUUUUUUCCUGUUUUAAUCUUUGUGUGUUAAACAUAUUUACAAAGUAAUAUAGGCAUGAUGCAAUAAGACAAGUAAUAAUGUGAAAGCUCAGAUAAGUGAUUCUCGUCAUAUCACGUCUUUACCUGACCUCUUUUUGCACACCAGGUUGUUGAUGAAGCAGUAGCUUUCUCACGAGGAAUGUCGUGGUUUUUGUUUUAUUUUUUUGUGUUUUUUUUUUUUUUUUUUUGGUCACACAUCCAUCUCUUACCUCAUGAUACAUAAACAUGCUCAUAACAGACAGUGUUGUAACAUUUUCCGUGGGUUCUACCUCAUAGCCAAGGACCCGGAAGGAUGACGUUUACUUUAACAAAAAAAUUAUAUAUAUAUACAUGGGGUUCCAGGUUACACUAGGGGAAGCCUGAGUGAGCCGCGCGUGUCUCACACCGGCGUGGUGCGGCGUGGGGGUGUAGGGAGCCAUCAGACCGAGUCACUCGGGCCGGCCACUGUGGUCCGGGGUCUUGUAGUUUACCUGUGAACGUCCACAGGAGUCAUGCGUGGUGUAGCCUUGGUGUGUGGAUGGUGGCACCACACGCAUGGUCUGCUGACUGUCUACCAGGCAACUAACCUCACUUUCCUCCAUAUACAUAUAUAUAUGUGUGUGUGUGUGUGUGUGUGUGUAUGUGUGUGUGUGUGUAUGUAUAUAUAUAUGAAAUACAGAGGAAAGUAGCCAAGAAGCCCCCACACAGGGCAGACACUUGUGCAGUUAUGUAACUUCUUUCACCUUUCAGCAUCCAACUCCCAUGAACAUGAAGCUUCUACAAAGGGGCUUUUCCCGUUCGAUGGUGGCAGAUGUGGCCCAGGCCGGUCAGGGGGUGUACACUACACUACACACAGGCUCACAUGUACAAAUGGCAUCGAGCAAACGAACGAGUGGCGCAGGACCCAGCGUGCGUGGUGCGUGCAAGGCGUCUUAUUAAAGGGAUGGGAACGCUUGGACACGAGCGACACGCGGCGUCAGGCUUCCCAGCCACGCUUAAACCCCCCCCUCCCCUUUUUCAGGUAAUCGUAUUCAGGACUUAUUUCUCUCUCUCUUCCCGACUGAAUUGCGGCGUGACGCCCUGUGGGGAGGUCUCCCAUGUGGCUUUGUGUGUUUCCGCCCGUUAGCCGAAGCGGAGGAGUUAGAGGUAUGGAAUUGAGAAGAACUUGAGUGAAAUGAUCCAAAGUCAAACCGUCGGUGCAGUUUGUAUGUGGAAAUCGCCUGUGGAGUGUAAGUUGAGCGGCGGAGGUGAAGCCGCGUUGGUGGUUCUGCCCGUCUGAGGAGGCGAGGUGGUAGAAGAUAAUUAUUUCUAUUAUAAAUUUGUUGGUUGAAAGUAGCUUUGGUUUUUGUUGUAGUGUUGACUUUGGACAAGCUUAGCCUGUUAAGUAACCCCUGUGAAACAGCACUUAGUCUGCCGGGUUUAAAACUCACAAACUGCUGGUUAUGAAAUAAUUCAGCCAUUUGCGGGAUUCCCAAUGUGUUCGCUUCUUGGCACUUCACUUGGACCUUGACACUCUGUCACUUAUAUGUGUGUAAUAUCUUCACUCAUUCACAGUACUGUAAAAGGACGACGUCUUACUCUGCUCAAAGAGUCCAGCUAUGUGUUUGAAAUAUAUAUCCUCUGAACUGUGUCACCAUCUUGUGUUCAAACAUGAAUAUGGGCCAGGCUAUUAAAAGUUUGAAAUAUAAUACAUAAAAUUAUGAGAAAAAUAUCAUGGAGAGAUGCAAUUAAAAUUGCACUUGGGUCUGUGAUAUCUCUUGUGGUUGUCUAACUAUAUCCAGCUAUCUAGCAUAACUACGUGGUUAGUUUUUAACUUAAUCCACACGUCUUGCUGCUUCCGUUGUGCGUGCUCCGCAUGCGUAUCCCGCAACUGCUCCGUCAGUCCCGGCAGUGUUACUGUGAAGUUGUGACGUUCCCAGGCAUGCCACUGUCUUAAUCACGGUCAUCGCCCUUUUCCAUUCUACAUUAAAUGCCAUAACAGUGUUUUGGUUUACAGCAUAAAGCGUGCUUCAGAGAACAUGUGAAAUUUACCUUUGUUGUCUUAUCCUUCUGGUCUUUGUGGUUGAAUGUGCCACCACACAAGCUGCCAUGUCAGUCUGAGCUCUGUGGAACAUCCCCCCCCCCCCCAUCUCUCAGAACAUACAGAUUUGGUUGUAAUGCAGGCAGAUGUUGCUCUAACAGGCAGAACUGUCCUGCAGAACAUAGAACUUUACUACUCCCCUCAGUCAAGGGUAUAACUUCUUGCUUUAUGUGAAAAGCUUUGGUUCCUCUGUACUUGGGCAGGUAUUUAGCCAGGGUACACUUAACACCCGCCUUCCUCUCGCUGCCUUCAGGGGGAGUGGGGGGGGGGGUCUUCUGUUUGGUUUAAGGGAUUUUUUGUGAAUAACACCCCCCUUUUUUGGUGUGCAAAAUUCAGCAUGUAGUUUUCAACCAAAGACCCCAACCAAAAAAAAAAAACAAUCCAGGUGUCACAUUUCAUUUUGUUUCUUGGUUUCAUCCUUUGCUCUUUCUGGAUAGUCAUGGACACGUGAGUGUACAGUUGCUUUUAGGGGAAAUAGAGGAGAUAAGGUCUGCAAAGCAGUAACCUGUGUGCUGCGUGAACACUUUACCUCAUUGCAUUUGAAGGUAGACUAAGCCAUACCCAUAAUCCUCUCCAACAAGAGGCUUUUUAAUGGAGGGAUGCUUGAAGUACAAGGCGUUGCCUCCCCAACCCAUCAGAGUACAUCAGAUCCUCAUCUUAGCAGAGACGACUUGUCACCUCACUCCCGUGCCGUAGCCUGCCUCAGAGCCGGCCUCUGCUCUUAAUCGUGAGCCACACUAGUGCUGCGAUCCGCUCCUCGUGCAGAAAAGGGAAGGAAUCGUUGCACAGAGACAUUGUUGGCAAAGAGGAGAGUGACCUUUAGGCCAUCUGGGCUGGUGUGGCACCGUUUUAUUAGAACAUCUGACACAUACUGUGAUACCAGACGAACACUGAUUUAAGGUGGUCAUCACACAGUUGUCAUUUGUGUACAGUCUGGUAAUCAUAUUGUCUCCUCAAGGAACUUAGCAUGCAUACAUACAUGUCUGUAUGUAUGUAAACGAUCUACACAUGUACAUAUAUAAUGUAAAUAAUUAAACUUUUUAUAUUGCUACUGAGUUUUUUUUUUUUUUAAUUCCACCUGCCUGUAAGGGUACAGAAUCCUCAGACUUUCUUCUGUGACAGUACUAAUGGAGUCUCGCGUAUACGCCGUGACGCCACCACCAUCGGAACCGGGCGUUGCGUGAGGCCCUCCCGCUAUGUAAUUCUGACGGGUGAGAUCAGCUUUGGACUUACUCUUGGAUUUAUAUCUUAUCGUUAAAAUGUUCCUGUUCUGCCAGAGCGCUACUUUUUGAGCGAGUAUGGAGCGUAGCAGUUUGGUUUCUCGCCGGUUUGGAGGUGGGUGGGGCGCUGAAGACCAAGGCGGUCGCUCCUGCUUCUCAAGGUCCUCCGAUGCCGACGGCCCUUUGGGAUGUCCGGGCAUGCUUCCGAAAUUCCCGCUGUGUGCGCUGCUUCAGGUCGCCAACAAAUCCACUUCUGUGACCCUCUUUCAUUUUGAAAUGUGUAUUCCAAAGGGUGUUUAUGGAACGUACUCAGAUUCCCACUUUGAGGGACUCAACUAUAAAAGGCCUCAAAAGGUUUAUUUUUAGGGAUGUUUUAUUUUUACCCUUGAAUGGUGCUUUUAGACUGGUCAGGUUUAUUUAUUAAUUUUCUAUAUAAAUGAGUAUAUGAACAUAUAUACAUGCAUAAAUACACUCACUAUUGGGGGCGGGAUACAUGCAAUACUUAUUAAAAAGUAUACAUACUAAUACAGCCAUAUUCUCAAAUCAGCUGACACUGACACUCAGUUGAAUUCACUCUUUUUGUUCAAAACUUCACAGAAAAGGCUAGACGAUUGGAGGCCUGAAACAAUGUAGGAAUAUAAGUAUGAAUUAAAAAUGAGUUUACAGGGAAGGCUGUUGUACUAAUUACAAAUAAAAUUACAGCUUGCCCUACUUCUUUCUUGUUUUAAACUGAAUAACUUCAGGUAGUUUAUGAACACUGAUCUGGUCAAAAAAAAGUGAAGUCUUCCAUUGCUUUGAAAAAAAAAAAACAUUUUCCACUGUGUAUGAUAUAAGAGCAAUAAGUUGUUUUGUAGGGCAGUGCACACGGUGCGCGGUGAGCCGCGGAGCCGCCUGCUCUCUACGCGCAUGGAAGCUAACUGAGGGAGCCGAGCGGCAGAUUUAAUACGCUGAUUUAUUUUUCUACGUUUUUGUGAAUGUUUGGACAGGUCGAGUGAACCAUGCUUAUAGGGUGCAGGCCUUUUUUUUUUUUGUUUACCCCCAAGCCCUCCGUCCCUCAUCGUCAGUGCUCUCUUCGUCCGGAUUGGCCGGCGUGCUCCACGGUAAUGUGGUCACGGGACACCAGACCCUGGGCGAGUGUAGCGCUGCACGGUGUUUUUAUUAAUUUAAAAAAAAAAAACAACUGCACCUCCGUCUGUGUCAAAUACUAAAAGGAAGGUGAGCAGAACACCUGGACUACCCCUCCCCCCUAAUUAAAAGGUCACCUUGUACUGAUACUAAUCAUUUGAGCUGGCCUGAGUGAGAGCCUUAGCAAUUAGUCUUUUAAUCCUGCCUGUUAUUGUCGUUGUUAUUUUAUCAAGCUCAUUUUUCUCAAAACUCACAGGUCAGUUUCUGCAUGUCAUGUUUCCUAACGGGACAAACAAAGUAGAACUCAGGGUUUCUCAGUACUGCGAUGUGCCCGACGGGCACGCACUCCGGGAAAAUGCACUUAUCUCUCGUGGGGCUGUGCUGCCUCACGCUAGCGUUGCUCCUCUGUUUUCUGCCUCAAGGCUCUCUGCCCACCCUUUCUAUCCCACGUUCCAUUUCUAGGGAAAGGGGGGCGGCUUUAAUUCCGUCUCUAACAGGUGUUCGGCCACCUCCUUAUAGUCCACUGUAACUACAACCUCACAACCCAACUGUGAACCUCAGAACUCUACUGUUUUUAUAUGACUGAAGUAAAUGAAGCUAGUUAGAGCUGAUGCUGAAACUAUUAACUUGCCAUUUACGAAUUUAUUUUAUAGCAUGAAAUAUAUAUUUAUUCAAAUGAUAUAUAUAUUUUACCCAUAAUCAUUCUGUGCUGCUUUAUAUUUUGUUCUUAAGCUUGUAAAUUGCUUUUUUAUGAUACAAAGAAAUGUCAAUGGAAACAGUUGCGUUUGUUUGUAAAAUAAAGAUGCUGAUUUGGCAA